AUGAGGCAGUUGAGCGUACUCGCACCACGCAGGCAGAUAUGCAGUGCUGCUGCUGCUUCUGCUGCUAUUGCUGCGUCGAAAGAUCGCCUCCACUCGACAAUUCCUACCACUACUCAGCAGAUAGAGCUGCAGUUCAAUCGUCUAGAACAUACACUCAACGAACAGAGUAAACGAGACCCGCCACGUAUUCGAAUCGAAUAG